AGCGGGGCUGCUGCGUCCCGACGGUGCGCGGCGGCCGGACCGGGCGGGCGGAGCCGGGCCCGGGGCUGCUGCGGGGCGAUCGGCCGGGCUGCGGGCGGCGCCAUGGGCUCUCGUGUCCAGCCUGAGUUCCAGCCUCGCUGAGCAGACUGCCCCACGAGCUUCCUCCUGCGGAAGCCCCCCCCAGGCGCUGACCAUGUCUAUAAUGGACCACAGCCCCACCACGGGUGUGGUCACGGUCAUCGUCAUCCUCAUCGCCAUUGCGGCCCUGGGGGCCUUGAUCCUGGGCUGCUGGUGCUACCUGCGGCUGCAGCGCAUCAGCCAGUCGGAAGACGAGGAGAGCAUCGUGGGGGAUGGCGAGACCAAGGAGCCCUUCCUGCUGGUGCAGUACUCCGCCAAGGGACCGUGCGUGGAGCGGAAGGCCAAGCUGACCCCGAAUGGUCCAGAAGUCCACGGCUGAGCUGGGAUGCUGGGGCCCCGACCCCGAGGCCUGUGUGCAGCCCCCCGAGAGGCAGGGGAGGGGCAAAACCACAGAUGCGCUUGCUGAGGAAGGCUUGACACUUGCCAGCAUGGCCUCGCUGGGCUUCAUCACCGCCUGCACGGACUCCCGAGAUCUUGGCUGUCCUUAGCCAGGACACGGUGGCCCUGGGCCUCCCCCUGGCCUCCUGGUGGGACUGCCCAUUGCAGGCAGUGGGCAGGCCUGACCUUGCUGGGGCUCAUGACCCCGUAGUGCUUUUGUUACUUGAAUGUUUAGCUGAGCCUGUUUUUGAUGGAGCUACUACUGUAAUGCGUGAACUCACAAGCCUGUGAACUGUAAAUAGGCCCCGGAAGCAUGUGCUUAAGCCUUUUUUGCUGAUUUUUUAAAAAUACUGUGUAGAGCACAUGGGACUGGCUGUAGUAAUAAGCUGACUCAAGGCUAUGGGGGCGUGUCUUAGACAUGGAAGGCCCACGCUGCCCUUGGCAGGGACCUCUAAUAUACCUGUGUGUUUAGGCAGAGGACGUGACCUGUCUUAAGGCUCAUGGCUCACCAGCUGGGGUGCUUUGGUGAUUUCUGCUUGGUUAGCGGUGGAUGGAAGAACCAUGCCCCCCUCUCUUUGGGUCGCUAAAUGCCAGUUCCUGUCGAGAGUGGAGUUAUUGCAAGGAAGCCACCGCCGCUGCCUGAGAGCCAGUGAAGGACGCGUCAAGGCGCGCUGACGCGCGUCCCGAGGCCUGCCAGGCAGCCUGGUGGCAGAGCAGUUUCAUGAGCAUGCUGAGCACUCCCCUGCUGCUGUCCUCACCCAGCAUUACUUGGCAUAGGCUUUUGCUACAAACACCACAGCCUGUGGCGGCUACCUUUUAUCUGAAACCCAGCUGGCCCAGGAAAGAGGAAAUUGUGGGUUUUGUUUGUUGUAUUUAAUACUUUCUGCACUGGCGGGGUGGGGGAGGGGACUUUGAGUGUCCCCCCCCUCCUCUUUUUCACACACAUGUUUUCUUUCUUCUCUGAGCACCACCCAUCUGCUGGGGAGGGGACUUCACUUUCCCCUGUGACCCUGCUCUAAGAGCCCCCAAGUGCAUGAGCACCCUGAGUGGGCCCCCCCUCCGGGGGAGGGUGCAACGGGGAGAGGGAGUUUCAUUUCAGGUUCAGGACAAGGUUUUCACGAAGACCCAGAGGAGCUGGUGGCUGUCAGGCCAGCACCCCCACAAUCUGCAUCUCCAAGGUGUCCCUUGUGUAUCACUUAAGUGAGCUCGCUGAGAUUAUUGAUCCCACCACCAUGAGCACGUUCCCCACUACCGUGAUUCAAACGUGACUUGUGUUGGCAUCUGUGGUAAUAAACUGGGGACCAGCCCCAGGCUGAACCACGGAGCGCUGGUCAGGGUGCCGGCGGCUCCUCGGGCCCCACUCAAGUCUCUAAUAAGCAUGUUGAACUAAUGAUCUGCUUCCUGGAACCUGGAGGAGCGAGCUUAGGGAACACUUCAUUUUAGCAGCACACCCUUCAAUUGGGGGUCAAACACGAAGUAUUAGCUUGGGGGUUGGGAGAAGCACAGCUCUGUAGCUGGGUGGUAGCUGGGUAGCCCACAGGAGAUGCCCCAGGGGGUACUGAGGAGCCUCUGCAAGGCAACUGGGCUUUAUUUAGUACCGGAGAGCUGCCCUUGGCCCCUAAAUGAUCUCUCCUGGAGAUCCUCCGAGGCCCCGCAGGCUGGAGGGGGCCAGCGCUUUCAAGGGUGCCCUGUGGAAGAUCGGAGGGAAGGCUGGGUUUCUGAUGACGGGCUCUGGAGACCAGUGUGCAAGGUGUAAGGGGUGUCUGACCCAUUCUGCUCGCAUCUCAGAACUUCCAGGCUUUCUACCUCUACUUUUCCACAGCCAGCAGCAUACACUCAGGCUGUCUUCACCCGGGGAACCGGGGGACCCUGCAGGGCUCACCCUGAACACGACCGCUUGCCUGUCAGACUUGCCCUGAGGUUUUCAUGGGGCUGAUGAAGUUCUGGUUUUGAAAUGAUGAACCCUCACUUUCUCCUGGGUUUCACUCCUGGAGGUUCCUCGUCCCACCUAUGCCCCGGUGGCCAGGAGCAACAUCUUUACAGUGGCAGUGCCCAGUGCCGGGUCAGGGUAGUGGGUGCAGGGGGCACUGCUGGGGGUGUCUGCGAGGCAACUGGGUGUGCCUGGGGAGGCCAAGAACAACCACAUAAUAGCUCUCACUGUUCCUAUUUAUCAAUAGCUACUUUUUUUAGCACAGACGCCAGGGCCACACACUCACAUGGCUUAGUUCUGACCUGUCGUUGAAUUCUUUCUGAAUAGCCCAACUGUUGUGUUCUGGUCCUCUGACGGGUCAGUCAGGAAAUCAGCCUUUCAUCCUGCAUGGCAUCACAGAAGCAACAGGAGGGGGAUGGGGAGGGAACUCUGACACUGAGCCACUAAAACACGGACUAACUUUUCAGACAAAUGUUCAAAUGGACUGUGCUACUGUUUGUCUCAAGCUACCAAGUUUGUGCAAUAAGUGGAAGGGAUGUCAUCCCUGUUCAAUAAAAGCUGAAUGACAUUCAAGUUGA